UUUCUUAACAUUAUGGAGUAAUAAAUUUGGUAGCUAGAGACAAAAGAAGUUUAUAUGACUUGUGAUGGACACCAACAGCAUCCAUUAUUUUAGUAGUUGUUGUAGAUGAGAUGACUUUCCAAUCCAACUUGUGAAUUUGUGUGUCUAUAUAAAUAAUUCAUACUCUUAACUCACUUUUCUUCAUCUCACCUUUUGGGGCCUUCUUCUCAUCACCUAUAUCACUUUCUCUAAGACAAAUUUUCCGUGAAUAUGGGGCAAAAGCAUUUUGCUUUAGCGUUCUGUUUGUGGGCUUUGACGUGUUCGCUGCUUCCUUCUUUCUCCUUUGGAAUGCUGAGAAUCGGUUUGCAGAAGAGACCUCUAGAUCUUCAUAGUAUUAAUGCUGCUAAAAAGGCAAGAGAAGAGCUAAGAUCAGGAAGACCAAUGAUUGGUGCACACAAUCAUUAUAUUGGUAAGUCCAGCGAUGAAGCUAUAGUACCUUUGAAGAAUUAUUUGGACGCUCAAUAUUAUGGCGAGAUUGCAAUUGGCACGCCUCCACAGACCUUUACUGUCAUAUUUGAUACCGGAAGUUCCAACCUUUGGGUUCCAUCAUCCAAGUGUUACUUUUCGCUUGCUUGCUAUACCCAUAGUUGGUACAAGUCAAAGAAAUCCCAAACAUAUGCCAAAAACGGAACAUCAUGUAAAAUAAGCUACGGAUCUGGAUCAAUAUCUGGUUUCUUCAGUCAAGAUAAUGUUAAAGUUGGCAAUGCUGUUGUCAAGUAUCAGGAUUUCAUUGAGGCUACCCGAGAAGGAAGUCUUUCAUUUCUGGCGGGAAAGUUUGAUGGAAUACUUGGACUUGGAUUUCAGGAGAUCUCAGUUGCAAGAGCUUUGCCAGUAUGGUACAAUAUGGUGGAACAAAAUCUUAUCAGUGAGAAGGUGUUCUCUUUUUGGCUCAAUGGGGAUCCUAAUGCGAAAAAGGGUGGUGAAUUAGUUUUUGGUGGUGUUGACCCUAAGCAUUUCAAAGGAAAACACACUUAUGUUCCGGUUACUGAAAAAGGUUACUGGCAGAUUGAAAUGGGAGAUUUUUUCAUUGGAGGCCAGUCAACUGGUGUUUGUGAAGGUGGCUGUGCUGCUAUUGUGGACUCAGGAACUUCAUUGCUUGCUGGCCCAACUACUGUUGUGGCUGAAAUCAACCAUGCUAUUGGAGCUGAAGGAGUUCUGAGUGUAGAAUGUAAGGAAGUUGUUUCUCAAUAUGGGGAGUUGAUAUGGGAUCUCCUAGUAUCAGGGGUAAAUCCUGGUGACAUUUGUUCACAAGUCGGUUUAUGUUCUGUCCGCAGUGAUCAAUCUAAGAGUGCUGGGAUUGAGAUGGUAACUGAAAAUAAACAGAGUGAGAUGUCAGCUACAGAUACUCCUUUGUGUUCUUCUUGUCAGAUGCUUGUUAUUUGGGUCCAGAAUCAACUAAAACAAAAGGCGACCAAGGAAAGAGUAUUCAAUUAUGUGAAUCAACUGUGUGAGAGUCUUCCAAGUCCAUCCGGAGAAUCAGUGAUAAGCUGUAACGAUCUUUCUCGGAUGCCAAACAUAUCAUUCACUAUCGGAGACAAACCCUUCGUCCUCACACCAGAACAGUAUGUUCUAAGAACUGGAGAAGGCAUUACAGAGGUCUGCCUUAGUGCGUUUAUUGCUUUUGAUAUUCCUCCUCCAAAGGGUCCACUCUGGAUUCUUGGUGAUGUUUUCAUGAGGGCAUAUCACACAGUCUUCGACUACGGAAACCUUCAAGUUGGUUUUGCAGAAGCUGCAUAGUUACCACAUACCACUUAUGGAGUAAUAUCUUAAGGAAUAUUUUUCAUAAUUUCGUUUAUGCAUUGUAAAUAAGCUGUUGUGCUACUAUGUAACUACUAUACCUUAGGUUCACUUCAUGUAUUCACAUAUAUAUGUAUUCUGUAUGUAUUUAUUUAUCUAUCCACGUAUGAUACAAGACGACAAAUAUACACUAAUUAAAAGUUUGUGUCCUUUUACGUGAAGAACCAUUUUCAUUUCAUUCA